ACCCCCGCUGCUGCUACUCUCUGUUAUCAUCUAUGCAUAGCCACUUUAACUCUACCUGCAUGUACAUAAUUACCUCGACACCGGUGCCCCGCACAUAAACUAACCAUUUUAAGGUAUUUUCUGAACUGCAUUGUUGGUUAAGGGCUUGUAAGUAAGCAUUUCACUGUCUGUUGUAUUCGGCGCAUGUGACAAAUACAAUUUGAUUUGAUCAACACAAACAGACUAUACAGCUACAAUAGUGAGUGGAGUUAGAAAUGGACUAUACUAAACAAGUGAAAUGUUUGUGGAAAACAUAGCUAUGUGUAGCCUACUUGGACACUGGGUCCCCACAAUUUGCCACUCUCCCACACCGAAUUUCCUGAAGCCACAGGGCUCUUCUCGCAGGCUUCAUUUCCCUACGUGGGAGCUUUGUGAACCUUAGGUCGGGAUUUCUGACCUGGUUACAUGUACGUUGAACCAACACAGCAAUUUUUCUGCAUUUGUUUUGUUAUUUCUGUAUAACAAAAAAUCUACGACGAAGUUGGCUCUUUUACACUGGGGAAGAAUGUUUGUGGGCGUGGUUGAGGGGUAUUCCUUCUUAUGACGUGAAUAUCGACUCUGAGUAUUAAGCUUGUCGAAUGCUUCCCAGUCUAAACAGUUUGCAUAUAUUCUGACAAAAUGCUGUGCUAUUUUUGUUUGUGGUGGUGUUGAGGCAAGUUGAAGUUCGGUAGCCGACAUCUACGCCCCUUCGUCGGUCCACAGUACUACUCAUAGUAGGAGAGGAAACUAUGGACGGGAUUCUUUAAUGAAGUUUGUUGUCAUUCAACGUUUACAAAGUGAUGGUCAAUGUAGGAAGACAUGAGUGGUUUGUCUUCAGGCGAUAUGCAGAGUUUGACAAGCUCUACAACACAUUGAGGAAACAGUUUCCAUCUUUGAACUUGAAAAUCCCACCCAAGAGAAUAUUUGGGGACAACUUUGACCCAGAGUUUAUCAAGCAAAGAAGAACAGGUUUACAUGAGUUCAUUCAGAGACUGGUCUCACAUCCUCAGCUCAGAAACCAGCCUGAUGUCAGAGCAUUCCUGCAGAUGGACAAAUCUCAAAACUUCUCAGACCCAUCAGAAGACGAAGAUGACAAGAACGGCUCUACCUCCAGAAAUAUUAACCUGGGACCAUCUGGAAAUCCACAUGCAAAGCCCACAGACUUUGACUUUCUCAAAGUCAUUGGAAAGGGGAGCUUUGGAAAGGUUCUCCUUGCUAAACGGAAACUGGACGGAAAGUAUUACGCAAUCAAGGUCCUGCAGAAAAGGGUCAUCCUCAACAGGAGAGAGCAAAAACACAUCAUGGUGGAGCGCAAUGUGUUACUGAAGAACAUGAAACACCCUUUCCUGGUUGGCUUGCAUUAUUCCUUCCAGACGACUGACAAGUUGUACUUCGUCUUGGAUUUUGUCAACGGGGGAGAACUCUUCUUCCAUCUUCAAAAAGAACAGACCUUUCCAGAACCCAGAGCCAAGUUCUACAUCGCAGAAAUGGCAAGCGCACUGGGCUAUCUGCAUUCUCUUAAUAUAGUUUACAGGGAUUUGAAGCCAGAAAAUAUCCUUCUCGACUCUGAAGGACAUAUAGUUUUGACUGACUUCGGGUUGUGCAAGGAAGGCAUUUCCCAAGCCGAGACGACAAGCACAUUUUGUGGGACACCCGAGUACCUAGCUCCAGAGGUCCUGAGGAAACAACCGUAUGACAACACAGUGGACUGGUGGUGUCUGGGAUCAGUGCUCUAUGAAAUGCUCUUUGGCCUGCCUCCAUUCUACAGCAGAGACACCCAUGAGAUGUAUGACAACAUCCUCCACAAGCCACUGAUGAUGCGUCCCGGAGCGUCCAACACAGCCUGGUCUCUCCUGCAGGCUCUACUGGAGAAGGACGGCACACACAGACUGGGCUCCAGAGAUGACUUUAAUGAGAUCAAAGCUCACUACUUCUUCUCAGAGAUCAACUGGGAUGACCUGGAACAGAGGAAGGUUCCACCUCCAUUCACUCCCAAUGUGAAUUCUCCUCAUGACAUCACAAACUUUGAUCCAGAAUUCACAGGCGAGACUGUUACGAACUCUGUGUGCUAUACUGAAGAUUCCAUAGUUAACGCCAUCGUGAUGGAGGCUGACGAUGCCUUCCUAGGUUUCUCCUACGCACCACCCUCAGAUGACUCCUUUCUGUGAAAGACUCGCUGUGAGGACCUGCCCCAGAGUUCUGUGAAAUUGCCUUAACUCAGUGUUCUUCUAUCAUGGUCCUGUUGAUCCACAGGAUAUGCAGGCUUUUGUUCUAACCCAGUAGAGCUUGUGGAUUAGUUUAAUCAUGUGUGUUAGUGCUGGGCUGGAAGGAAAGCCUGCACCCCCUGCUGGUCUCCAGGAUCAGGACUGAAGAACAGUGCCUUAACCUGUCCAGAUUCUUUUGAAUAAAAGGGAAUUCAUACUGUGGAUGAACCCAUUUUGAGAAAAGCUAAAGCUAGCAGAAGUUGUCAUCAGACAGCACUUAUGAAUAUGGUUUGGGCUGCAGUGUGUCAAGAAAUCUUUAUUUUUACCUAAUUAUAUUUAUAUAACAGAAUAUAUUUUAAAGAAAUGUAGGCCAUCUUUCUUGACACGCAUUGUUUGUUGGCUUAUGUUGAUCCACAUAAAGUGGUGUCAAUGUUGGUCCUUUUGUUUGAAGAAAAUCUAAAUGUUCACGGUGUCUUUUCAGGGUGGGAUGGGUAAAACUAAUCCCCAAAAUAAAACCCAAGUUUAGAACUAGAAUCCUUCAUUAAAACAAUACCAAGGCA